AUGGAGGAAUUUGAGAAGAGUUUGGGAAUCGGUGGUAGCAAUUCCAAUGAGAAGCCGUCGACUACGGGGACAGAAUCAGAUGGGAAAAAUAAUUCUUCAGCGAAUUCGGGAAGCCGAAGUGAUGGGAAAGCGGAAGAUUCGAAAUCGCACGGCGAGGAUGCGGAAGAGGAGGUCGAGGAGAAAGAGACGGUCCAGAUGCUCGCUGACGGAGAUGCGGACGGAAUUCCGAUUUUGAUUGGCGUGAAGGAGCCGAAGAAAGAAUCUAAGAGUAAGAAAGCUGAGGAGGAAUCGAAGAAGGCAUCCGGGGAAGGCGGGGGGAAAGACGACAAGGAGAAGGAGAAGGGGAAGGAUAAGGGAGAGGAGAAGCGAGAGGAGAAGGGAAAAUCCGGAGGAAAGGAGGGAGACGUGGGAGCAGGGACAGGAGACGGAAAAGCAGGGAAGGAGAGCGCGAGUGCGGCGGAUGAUAACCCGGAUCAGUACGAAGGGGAGGAGGGCGAUGGCGCGCAGAAGAAGGCGAAAGGCGGCGGGAAAAAAGGAGGCAAAGGCGAGAACGUGGGAGAGAUGAUGGAGAAGAUUCUAGAAAGACUGGAUGACAUGGAGGGCGAGGGGGGGAAGUUCAAUGAAACCCUAGAAAAGCAGGAGGCGGUUCUGGAGACCGUGGCGCGGGUGGGGAAGCAUCACGUGCACGAGAAGGAGGAGAAGGAGCGCGAGGAGCGGGAGAAGCAGGAGCAGGAGGAGGCGGAGAGGGAAGCGGAGCUGAAGGCGAAGCAGGAGGCGGACGCAGCUGCUGCUGCGGCAAAGAACAGCUGGGACGGAGGGGUGACCGGUGGUGGAGAGCGGUCGUUUUUUGAUAUUCUCCUGGGGAUAGACGCUGUGCCGCCACCUCCGCCCCCGCCGCGCCCCACCCCUAAGAACGUCACUAAAGCGUCAGCUAGAAACGAGACCAAGAAAGAGCAGGAGGCGGAGCAGGAAGACGAGAAGGACGUUCCUCGGCUCAUAGACUCCCAGGAUAACGAAUACGUUAUAAGCAGCCCCGGUAAGGGGUCGAAGAUGCAGCUACAGGAGGAUUUCACCCUCAUUUCGGACAUUGUGAAGGUGAUAGUGGCGGCGGCGCUGGGCGGACUCGCGUGUGGGCUGAUGGGGCAGCCCAUCAUCCUGGGAUACAUUGUCGCUGGCAUGGCCAUCGGCCCUGGCGGGCUGGGGCUCAUUCACGAGCUAGUACAGGUCAGUAGGGUUACCACAUGUGGUGUUACAGGGCGGUGGGUGCUAGGAGGCCUGGCGUCUGGGCUGAUGGGGCAGCCAAUCAUCCUGGGAUACAUUGUCGCUGGCAUGGCCAUCGGCCCGGGCAGGCUGGGCCUUAUCCACGAGCUCGUGCAGGUUGAAACCCUAGCGCAGUUCGGGGUGGUGUUUCUGCUCUUCGCCCUGGGGGUGGAGUUCAGUCUCGCCAAGGUGCAGGGGGUGCACAACGUGGCUCUCAGGCACAUUCCUUCUUCUUCUCCCUCUUCUCCCUCCUCUGCUCCUCUAUCUACCGUGCAGGUGGAAACUUUAGCCCAGUUCGGAGUGGUGUUUCUGCUCUUCGCCCUGGGGGUCGAGUUCAGCCUCGCCAAGAUGCAGGGCGUGCACAACGUGGCGCUGGGCGGCGGAGUGCUGCAGAUCGCAAUUGCCAUGAUUCUGGGCGGCAUCUUCAGCUCCAACACGCCGCAGGGGCUCUUCAUAGGUGCGUAG